UUAAAAACAAAAAGUUCUACAAAUUCUACAAAGUUCUAUUAUCUUUUGAUGUCCACAAGGGAAUAAAUGCUAAUAUUAUACAUAUACAUUCAACAGACAGAGUAUAGAAGUCAAUAUAAGGAAGUGACUGCAGGAAGUAGAUGCUGUAUUCAGUUUUUAAGAAGCAGCACGUCAGAGACUUUGACAGUCAAGAGCGUGAGACCGAGAGAGAAGCACGAUGUCUCAGUUCAGAUGGAUUAUAAUGUCUUCAUUUCUGAUGCUGCUGUUUCACUUUACAGCUGGGAAAUAUUCCACCUCCACUGUCAGAGCUGGAGAUGAAGUCACUUUGUCUUGUGAACAUGUGAUAGAUGAUCAAGAUAAGUGUGACAGUACUUCCUGGACCUUCGGUGGUUUAAGAGGAACAGUGAUGCUGUUGGAACGCGGGGAAAUAAGCAAAGAAGCCGAAGAUAAAUCAGACAGACUGAGUGUUACAGAGAAAUGUUCUCUGGUUAUAAAGAAGGUCACAGAGGAUGAUGCUGGUAGUUACACCUGCAGACAGAACAGAUCAGGAGAACAAAAGGCUGUUCAUCUGUCUGUUGUUACCAUUACUGAGCAGAAGAACGAUGAUACGGUCACUUUGAACUGCUCUGUGUUAGGAUAUUAUUCAGGGUGUAGACACUCAGUGAAGUGGCUGUAUGAGGGUUAUAAGACUGACGUGAAGACAACACAGCAUUCCUGUUCAGCCACUGCGACAUUUACAACAUCUCACCUUAAUCAGAAGUCAAAGUAUAACGAGUUAUUGAAGUGUGAAGUAACAGAGGAGUACAGCAGAGAAGUGAAGCUGUUUCCCUUCAUCCCUCCUCAGUCCUCAGGAGAGAAACCAGGUGAGAAUAUGAUGAUAUGAUAAUUACACUGAAUAUGUUUAAAUUUAAGAUUUUUGUAUUUCAUCAUUCCUGGUCAUGAUAUACUGUACAGUUUUGUUAAUGUAUCCGUUAAGAUGAUGAUGCAG